AUGGUCCGUCUGGUUUCUUUCGCGUUGCUCGCCUCUGUCUUGAUGCAGUCGGCAUCGGCCUUUGUGGCUCCCUCCGUGCCCAAGGCCUCGUCGUCUUUGAAGAUGAGCCAAUCGGUGGACGACGAAAAGAGGUUUGCUGCCUCAGUUCUCACGGCCGCUUACAUCUUUGCCAAUGCUGUGUCGGUGGCCCCAGCCUUUGCUGUCCCUCAAGACUUUGCUGGAAGCACCCAUAUUGUUGCUGCCAAGAGUGGUGGACGUAUGGGAGGCCGUUCCUCCGUGGGAACUCGUUCGGCCGCGCCCUCUUCAUCAUACUCCAGGCCAAGUACUACUGUCGUACACAAGACUGUCAUUCAAUCUCCGACUGUAGUAGCUCCUCCUGUGAUGGCUUCUCCCGUUUAUAUGGCUCCUCCGGUUUAUGCACCACCCGUCUACUCUCCUGGCUUGGAUGCUGGUGCUGUCGGUUUGAGUGUUGGUCUUAGUGCCAUCAAUGGCAUUAGCCGUGAAAUGCGUGAGCAAAGCCAGGAACGUGAGAUUGCUAGAGAAAGGGAGGAAUUGGCACAGUCUCGCAUGAGACAAGCGGAACUCGAAGGCAGACUUCGAGCUUUGGAAGCUACCCAGCGCUGA